CUCUCCUGCGGCCUGCGCAGUACUGCCUCAUACAGCCCACUGUUGAUUGUGAAAGUAACGAAUUGUCAAGUUCGGUGUCAGCCAGUGAUCAUAAUCUUAUCUCAUCGAUCUUCAGUCUUGCUGCUUCCAAAACGAGAAUAAAUAUGCCGUCAAUUCCCUUCGGUUUGCUUGAGGAGCCCGAAACAAGAAAACCUUCGAAGGCGCGCUUGGCUUUGGCUGUAUCGUUUCUGGUGCUACUGGUUUUAUCGAUUGUAUUCAUAUCUUUGUACGCCGUCGAAAAGAAUAAAUCAGACAGCGAGGGAAGCUCAUCGAAACACAAGCAGCCGAACGGUACAGCAACACCGAGCAACACCACAAGUGCCACAACUAACCGGCCAACUAUAAAUAGUACAACCAUUUCGCCAACAAAUUUUACUACUGCGAGCCCAACUCCCCCGACGAAGACUUGUAGCACGCCAGCUUGUAUCGUGAGUGCUGCAGAAAUUCUUAAUAAACUUGACCAAUCCACAAAGCCAUGUGAUGAUUUUUAUCAGUACAGUUGUGGAGGAUUUUUGAAAAAGAAUUUUAUACCUGAUGACAAAUAUCACAUUGAUUCAUUUACUGCAGGAAAUGAUUUUGUUCAAUAUACCUUGAGGGGUCUAUUGCAAGAUGAACAAUUGAUGUCAAAUUACUCUGUGGAUCCAAAGUCAGCUCUCUAUAAGGCAUUCGUAUACUACAAGUCCUGCAUGAACGACAGCAACAUCGAAAGCGCCGGGAUCAAACCAAUUCUUGACGUCAUAGAAAAACAUGGCUCCUGGAACAUAACUAACAGAAACUGGAAUGGAGAUUCCUGGGAACUGGAGAAAGUCCUUGCCAGAGUACUCGUUGAUACUCAAGUACCAGUAUUUCUUGGUUUGGAUAUACAACAAUCGUAUUUCAAUACAUCUGAAGUUUUCAUUACGAUAAGUGGAGGGAUUAUUGGAUUCAACGAAAGACAACUGGACAAAGAGCAAUCGCGCUCGAGAGAGUUCACACUGAAACAGAAAAAAGCUGAGGGUUCUGACGUUUAUAAGGACUACAGAAAGUUUAUGUCCACCAUAUUCCAAUUACUUGGAGCAAAUUCCACGGUUGAUGAUGAAGUGAAGCGUAUUGUCAAUAUGGAAGAUAAAUUUUUAAAUAUGCAAAAGUCUCUCAAUGGAAGUAACUUCAAAUUAGAUAAUAUUUCUUUAAUGACCAUAGAUGAGUUGAAUAAUUUAACAUCGUUCAAGUUCAAUUGGACAACGUAUUUUGACGAGGCAUUGAACGGCACAAGUGAAUCAAUUAAACCAGGCCAAAAGAUAAUGGUAUUGCUGCCAAAUAAUAUUAAAGACAUCGUCGAUUGGCUUGAAAAACAACCCAAGAGUCUGCUUGCCAAUGAGAUAACGUGGAGCAUUAUUCAAAGCACUAUAAAUAACCUACCGAAGGCUUUCCGAGGAGCACGAGAGAAAUAUUACAAGAGUCUCAAAAUAAAACUCACUCCAAGAUGGAAGGCUUGUAAUGCUUUAACGAACAGAUUUUUCACACAUGUUACAACUCUGCUGUAUGUAAACGGACACUUGUCAGAAGACGCGAGGAAUAGGACUGCAGAAAUGUUUGAUGAGGUCAAAGACCAGUUCAUUGCUGGUUUGAGCGAACUAAAUUGGAUGGACAAUGCAACCCGCGCUCAGGCACAGCUUAAGCUGAAAAAAAUGAGAGACUGGAUUGGAUUUCCAUUGUUUAUCAAAAAUACAACAAAGUUAAACAGUUAUUACAGCAAUGUUCAAGUCGAUGUGUCUCAUCUUUUGCGAAAUAGCCUGAAUGUCCUAAAAGAUCAAUCUGUAAAGAAAAUAAACGAAUUAGGGAAACCUCCGGAUGAUGGCAGGUUUUCCAUGCCACCUCUUACAAUCAAUGCUUAUUAUAACGCUCGAGCAAACGGAAUGACUAUUCUAGCCGGAAUAUUACAAGCUCCUUUCUACAAAGGUGGCAGGUUGAAAGCAUUGAAUUAUGGCUCUCUGGGAAUGGUCGUUGGUCACGAGAUUACUCACGGCUUUGAUAAGACAGGUAGUCAAUUCGACGAGAAUGGAAACUACCGCCAAUGGUGGACAAAAGCAUCGCAUGAAAACUUCGUGAAGCGAUCCCAAUGCUUAAUUGACCAGUACAACAAUAUUACAAUAUUUGGUCAAAAGGUUGAUGGAAAAAAGACACUAUCAGAAAACAUUGCUGAUAACGGAGGAUUGAAAUAUGCUUUCAGAGCGUAUCAAAAAUGGCGGGAAACACAUGGCGAUGAAGAAAAGCUACCAUCUCUUCCUUUCGAUAAUAACCAACUUUUCUUCGUUAGCUUUGCCCAGUUAUGGUGUGCAAAGUAUGAAAAAGAAUACGCCAGGAAGUUGAUGGCUAACGAUGGACAUUCACUGGAACCAAUCAGAGUACGUGUUCCACUCCACAACUUUCCUGAAUUCAGUAAAGCAUUCAGAUGCCCAACACCGAAGAACACUUGCGCCGUUUGGUAGUAUGUUUUUGCCAUCUUCUUGUGAGCCAUAGUCUAGAAAUUGAAGAUUGUUUAGAAAAACCACAGUUAACAUUAAGCGACGAGACAUGACUGAUUCGGAUAAUGAUUCUUUAAAGUGGAAGUCAAGCCCGUAAGUAAACAAACGGGUUCAUAUUUUGAACUUUCGUACUUUUUAAAAUACGAUGUGCAUCAUGUGCUGUCUGAAUAUUUAACGACAUUUAGGUUCGCUAUAUGCCUUGAAAUGAAUAUAUAGCAGUGUUUUUGAUGCGAAAAAUUCAUGUAAAACAUGUAAAAUUUGGACAAAACAUUUAUCUGAGGAGUGAGGACCUCACAUUGUUGUGAGCAAAACCCAUGCGCAGAACGGACUUGACUUCCACUUUAAAUUUGACUUCGUCGAAGAUCAUUCAGCAGUCUGUUAGAACGGGCUGGGCACAUGGAGGUCUCGACUACAUAAAGACGCAGGUUUAGACCCAGGACAUUUCCACGGUUAUUUGAUGGACGAGAAAUAGUUCAAAGCUUGAAUUGCUUUUAGACGUGUCUGUCCUAAUAUAAAAUAAAGUAGAAUUUGCACAUUUA